AUGGGUGAUACAUCUGUAACUCCUAAUGCAUCUAUAACUCAGACUGUAGCUGGAAAUACAGUCACCUUCGACACAAAUCACCCCUAUUUUCUCCACUCUUCUGAUGCACCAGGUAUAGCUCUUGACAUUGGGGAUAGUGUGAUCUACUCCAAAUCUGCCAAGGACCUCUGGACCAGCCUUGAACACAGGUUUGGCCAAUCAAAUAGUGCUAAAUUAUACCACCUGCGUAAGGAACUAUCAGGAUUAGUUCAAGGCAGCAGUGAUAUAGCAAGUUACUUUACUAAACUCAAGCAUUUGUGGGAUGAGUUAGACUCACUUAAUUGUGAUGUUAAGUGUUUGUGCACUAGUGUGUGUGAGGGCAAACAGAAAUUGGAAAAAUCACUGGAGGAUGAAAGGCUCAUCCAAUUUCUCAUGGGUUUAAAUGGUAUUUAUGAACAGGCAAGGGGAAACAUCCUAAUGAUGAACCCUCUGCCCAAUAUCAAUCAUGCUUAUUCCCUUGUGUUACAAGAUGGGAAUCAGAGGGAAAUUUAUGCUAAUCCUCUUAUAUCCUCUGAAUCCUCAUCCUUCAUGGUAGGAAAUCAGGCAAACCUAGGUGGCCAGAGUGCUUUUCAAUAG